UCCCAUCCGGCCUUAGUUGCUGAAGUGAUCGGUCGUCCGGUGGUAGUGAUUUCAGAGUUUGUGAUUUAUUUUAAUUCUAGAAUCUAGAUUAAGUUUUCAAAAUGAGCUGGCAGGAUUACGUGGAUAAACAAUUGUUAGCUUCAAAAUGUGUAACAAAAGCUGCAAUUGCAGGACACGACGGAAAUGUUUGGGCGAAAUCCGACGGUUUUGAAAUUUCAAAAGAAGAACUUGCAAAAUUACUGCAAGGAUUCGAUAAACAAGAUCUGCUCACAUCUUCCGGAGUUUUCCUCGGAGGCAACAGAUAUAUUUACCUAUCUGGUACAGACAAAGUAAUACGGGCUAAACUUGGCAAAGUAGGAGUUCACUGCAUGAAAACACACCAAGCUGUUGUUGUUUCAAUAUAUGAAGAUCCCAUUCAACCUCAGCAAGCAGCGUCUGUGGUCGAGAAGUUAGGAGAUUACCUUAUUUCAUGUGGUUUUUAAUAGUGUGAAUUGGCUGUUUGGGUCUGGUGGUGAGAACUCAAAAGCAAAAAAACAAAAAGAAAAUCAUCGUUAUGGAAAACUUAAAGUGUGCUCCCACUCAAUAACAAAGAACUAUUAUUGCAUUUUUAAAUUUUUUUAAAUUUAUUUUUAAUACUUUGUCAGUGAAAUGACUCGUGAUAGUGUGAGUUCUUUGCUAUACACUUUGUUAUAUUCAUCUGUCUUUUUCUCAUUUUGAAUUAUUAUUUAUUUUCCCUCCCCUUUAA